UUAAGAGCUAAACGUGUAACGAACAAUAGUCCAAUUACUUUACAAGACUUCCUCAUCAACAUUAAUUCCAAAAUGUAUAGACCCGAUCAAGUAAUUCAAUCAGAUCCACAUAAGCACUAAGAAAAUGUAUCACAUCACAACGUAACUAAUAAGGAAUACCACUGAAUCAAUAACACCGACGCAUACACUUCAACAGCAAAAGCAAGUUACAAUUAUCCUAAAAGAGCUACAACCAGUUUUCUCUUCUUUAACUACACAUAACAUUAAACGUUAAGCCAUACACGUAACUCAUUAAAAUUACACAAGCAUCAGUAACAGCUGUGUUUCACUACAAAGUCCCGCCUCUCUCAAUUUGAUUAGUAAUUUCUGUUGCCUUCCCAUGAAUGCCGACAGUAGAUUGGUUGGUUUUCUAUGGUAUCAUCAGAAUGCGCUGGCCCAGGAUUAACGAGUGGUGGCCAGGGUUCGAAAACAGUGUAGAGUGGGUGUUACAAGUGUGAUUCUGGUUGGUUCUAUUUGACAGUUGGUCGCGUGCAGCUGAUUAAAAGUGACCGGCAGUUAUGGUUUUAUGGGAAAUCGUUGAGGAUUGAUUUCGAUAUUGCUUGUGAGGCUGUAUACAUAACUACAAAAGGGAGCAGGGAAGUGGACAGAUAUAGUAUAUGCAGUUGUCAUGGAAGAUUUCAACCUGCAUUACAGAUUUCUGAAUUGGAGAAGACGAAUAAGAGAGAUAAGAGAAGUUCGAGCAGUGCGUUAUCAGGAAAGAUACAAGCGUGUUCUGGUUGAUGGAGACACACUGAGCUAUCAUGGAGAUUCUGAAGAAGUUGGCUGUUAUGUCGCACCACGCCCAUUAACUAAAGGAAACAAUUAUUUUGAGAUUUUAAUUGUUGAUAGUGGUGUCAGAGGAACCAUUGCAGUGGGCUUGGUCCCACAGUAUUACAAGUUAGACCACCAGCCAGGAUGGCUUCCACACUCAGUAGCUUACCAUGCUGAUGAUGGAAAGGUUUAUAAUGGAAACACAGUAGGCCAGCAGUUUGGGUCAAAAUGCAGUUCUGGUGACAGAAUUGGCUGUGGGAUACUUUCUGUAUCAUUUGAUGCUGGACUUACCACAGUAUUCUUCACAAAGAAUGGAAAGGAGGUUGGUUCAGUCAUAAUGCCAGUUUCUCCAGAUGGUCUGUUUCCAGCUGUAGGAAUGCAUUCUUUUGGAGAGGAGGUACGGAUCAAUCUUUUUGCUGAAUGGGGUACAGAUGAAGAUGAUAGCAUCAUGAUGGUGGAUAGUCAUGAGGACGAGUGGGGGAGGCUGCAUGAUGUGAAAGUCUCUGGAACACUGUUGGAGUAUAUUGGCAAGAAAAGUAUAAUGGAUGUGGGCCUCGCCCAAGCCAGACAUGCUUUGUGUACCAGGAGCCAUUACUUUGAAGUAGAAAUAGUGGACCCAGGAGAAAAGUGCUACAUAGCACUGGGAUUGGCCAGAAAGGAUUACCCUAAAAACAGACAUCCUGGCUGGAGCAAAGGAUCAGUGGCAUACCAUGCAGAUGAUGGUAAAAUCUUCCAUGGAUGUGGAGUGGGGGAUCCGUUUGGUCCCCGUUGCUAUAAAGGAGAUAUCAUGGGCUGUGGUAUCAUGUUCCCCCGAGAUUACAUUUUAGACAGUGAAGGUGACAGUGAUGAUGGUUUUGACCCUGUAGAAGUGAAAGCUAAGCAAAGACGCCCACAAAAUAUCAUAUAUCUCCAAGAGGAGGAGGAGGAGGAGGAAGAUGGAGAAGAUAUGGAACAGGAACACGAAGGCAAAAAAGUCAUGGUGUUCUUCACUCGUAAUGGAAAGAUCAUUGGAAAGAAAGAAGCUUGUGUGCCCCCAGGUGGCUUUUAUCCUACCAUUGGGAUGCUGAGCAGUGGAGAGAAAGUAAAGGUGGACCUGCAUCCUCUUAGUGGCUAAAAUGGACUACUUAUGCUGCUCCUUAAUAUUAUAAAUACACUGCAGGCAACUCAUAACACCCAUUUUCACUAGACUUGUCCCAUUUGCGCACCUGAACAUUUCUGCAUAUCAUCAAUCACAGGUGUUAUUGGUGAGCAGUACUUUUCCAGUUGAUUGGUACAAGGUCUGCAAAUGACAUCAGCUGACAGAAAUAAAUUGAACAUCAAAGAGUUGAUUCUGUAAUUACAUGGCAUUAAAGGAUCUGGUGGUCCUUGAGGUCCAUUCAAAAUUGUACACUAAUUUUUGCCAUCAGACUUCUACCAAUAUAGGCCUUUCUUUUUUAACGGGAAAUCUGGGUUUGACUUAUAGAGAUAGAUGUUCAUAACGGUUAACUACAUUUAUUUAAUUCUGAUUUUAAGUAGACAUUGUUCUGAUUUUCAGCAUCUGCCUGGCUGUUUAAUAUACCCUGUUUAUAAGGAAUAUCAGCAGCACAGCUAAUCAAAUGUAUGAGGGGAUAAAACUGUUAUGGAUAUAUAUUCAGUCAUUAAAGUGAGCAGGUAAAAAAAAAGAGUAGAAAUUUCCACCAGCAAAAUUAAAUGCACAGCACUGCAAGUGUUCACCACUUACUGCUGUCAACUGCAUCUAAAAAUAUUGCAUGCUGCUCAGAUGCAAGUGAAGACUGAUGAUGGUAGAACAAGUUCCUUCAAGUGCCAAAGUGGAUACUAUACAGAUGUCAGCUUUCUCUUUCCCCUUGGUCUGUAGUGCAAUGCGGUAUUCUGUACACAAACCUCACAACACUGGUGGUACAUCAGCAAUGUGCACAGUGCCAAAGUAACUAUAAACCAUGAAGCAACAGCACGCAUAAUUCUGGGUUUUUUCAAUGUGGCCACCAUUUAAAUUACCCCACUCUUAUCAUCAGUGGGAGGAAAACAUUGCUGAAUUUUCCCCAAAGAGAUAAUAGUACAUUUCCUAAAGUAAAAGAACACCUGUUCCAGUGGGGAAGAGCAUCUUUUCUUGUAAUGGCCCAUUUUAUAGCUAGAUGGUUCUCCUGUGUGAGAAGAACUCAAGGUUACUUGUUCUGCUUAUGACACCAUGAGAGAUUUUCUAAAAACAUACAAAUGUCAUAUAAAAGCAAGAGAAAACCAGAAGGUGAAAACAUCUACUGCUUUAGCAUCCUUAAUAGAGCUUAGAGUUAUAGUAAGUCAUCUGGCACGUGCACUAGUUCCCAAGAUUGUUGCCCCCACCUCCUGCAUCCCAAAGAUAAGGCCAAAAGAAGUCUUCCCAAUUGAAAUAUAACCUGUGGCUUAUUUAAUGAAUGCUAAUACUGCAGGCACACACCAUCAGCAACUGCCAAUUGUGACCUCUAACAUCUUGUCCCUUUGCCCUGCCCUAAUUACAUCUCAGAUAGAGCUUUUAGCACCCCUAUUCCUAGCUCUUUGUCACUUCUCAUUGAGUGUCAUUUUGAAAGAGAUGGAUACUUUAUUUUAGGGAUAUGUUGUGUUGCUGCAUCAGUUCAGUUUAUGCUGUUGCUUUUUGAAUAUGGAGUAGGUAGUAAAACUGGUAGAUGAAGUUAGCAACUAAUGCUUGUAGCAACACAGGCUUCUUCUGUCUCUGCAAAUUUUCAAUUCAUAGCAACACCUUUGGGGAGCAUUGCAUGCGGAAAUGAAUUGUCAUAAUUUACAAAAAGAGUACAUUAAACAUGUUAUUCUAAGAGUACAUAUAGAGUAGCAUGCCUUAGAAAAUGCUGAUAUUUUGUUCUGUAAUGUAUUUUCUAAGAUCAGUUUGCUUUUGCAGGUAUAUUUUGCACAUUUUAACUGAAAUAUUUUAACAAAGUUCAGCCUUAUAACAGCUUUGUCAGCAGAGCAGAAGGCAUCAUUUGCAGUUUGUUUGAAUCUUUUACCCUAGCUGCCUUUGAGUUAUUAACAUACAUCAACUGAUUCAUUUGACAAGUCAUUUCAGACAUCAAAAUUUUACAUUGAUCCUCCUAAAUUGUGUGGUUUUCUGGCAAAACAGGGAGGUUUAACAUUAAAUAAUUGCAAAGAC